CAGUGACUAACCAGUUGCCCAAGUGAAGCAAUUGAAGAAAGGUCUCUUGAGUUUGUUUUCAGUUACAGUACUACUCGGAAGUGUUUAUAUUCAAUUGGACAUAGAUAUUUCAGUGGAUUUGAGUAGAAAGAUGCCUCCAAAUCAAAAGAAUGUUUUUUCUGGACAACCUCUCCGUAUUGCUAUUAUUGGUCAGAGUCCCUUUGCUGUUGAUGUUAUGCAAAAACUUAGACAACAUGGUCAUACCAUCGUAGGCGUUUUCACAAUAGCGGAUAAAGGAAAAAGAGAAGAUCCUUUGGCCAAGGCUGCAAAUGCAGAAGAUAUACCAGUAUUUAAAAUCAAAGCAUGGAGAAGAGCCGGAAAACCGUUGCCAGAAAUUUUGGACUUAUAUCAUAGCGUUAAUGCCGAUUUGAAUGUCCUUCCCUAUUGUUCACAGUUCAUUCCAAUGGAAGUUAUAAAUUACCCACGAUUAAAAAGCAUAUGUUACCAUCCUUCCAUAUUGCCGAGACACAGAGGAGCUAGUUCUAUCAAUUGGACCCUGAUUUGUGGCGAUAAAAGAGCUGGUUUAUCUAUAUUCUGGGCUGACGAUGGUCUAGAUACUGGUCCGAUUCUACUUCAAGAAGAAUGCGAUGUUGAGGAAAAUGAUACCGUGGACACACUUUACAAGAGAUUCCUUUAUCCAGUUGGUGUAACAGCAGUUGCAAAAGCUGUCGAUAUGGUUGCAGAUGGGACGGCUCCCAAACUGGCUCAAAGCGAAAAAGGAGCUACAUAUGAUCCAAUGCUCAAUAAACCAGAGUUGCAAAAGAUCGAUUGGACAAAGUCGGGAAAAGAUCUCCACAACUUCAUCCGUGGUAUGGAUUCUGUUCCUGGCGCCAGUUGCCUCAUUAAAAUUCCCAAUACCGAGGAGUUCCAAGAAGCUUUGCUCUUUGGAUCAUCGUUAUGGAAAUCGGCAGCUCCUAUUGGAAAGGAGAUUGAAAUCCUAGGAGCUAGAACCGGAAUAAUUCAUGAGGAGGGCUUAUUGCUGACCGGAUCCGAUGGAGAAUACGUCAACGUGAAAAUGGUUAAAAUCAAUGGUCGAAUGAAAAAUGCUGCAACUUUGGAUCAAGUCACCAAACAGGUGACGGUGGAGUAUACACCAGAAGAAAAAGGUCUGAUUGAAUCCGUGAGAGAUAUAUGGGAAGCUAUUUUGAGUGUUGAUAUUGAUGAUGGUACAGAUUUCUUCGCUAGUGGAGGAGGUUCAAUGGAUGUUGUGAGACUCGUCGAAGAAGUUAAAGAUGUCUUCAAAACAGAAUUGGAGAACGAGGAUGUGUUCAUGGCCCCUACAUUUUCCGAAUUCUGUAUGAACGUGGUUCUAAAGAGUCGAGGAGGCAGCGGACAAACCGAAGUCGUAUACAGGGCCAUCGAAAUUAAAGCGAACAAAAUGGACUUGCGAUUCCCAUGUCAAUUGUUCAUUAACGGGGAAUUUGUGGAUGCCGAGAACGGGAAAACCACCCCCACUAUUGAUCCUUCUACGGAGAAAGUUAUAUGCGAGGUUCAAUGUGCCUCUAAAAAUGAUGUGGACAAAGCAGUGGCUGCAGCUAAAAAGGCAUUCGAAAGCGGAGAAUGGAGUAAAAUCAGCCCAAGAGAAAGAGGACAACUUCUGUAUAGACUGGCAGAUUUGAUGCAGCAACAUAAAGAAGAGUUAGCAACAAUUGAAUCCAUUGAUUCCGGAGCAGUGUACACGUUGGCCUUGAAAACUCACGUUGGUAUGAGUAUCGAAACAUGGAGAUACUUUGCAGGCUGGGCAGACAAAAUUCAGGGCUCAACUUUGCCUGUUUCACAUGCCAGACCUAACAGGAAUUUGUCGUUCACCAAAAAAGAACCUAUUGGUGUAUGUGGACUAAUUACUCCGUGGAAUUAUCCGUUGAUGAUGUUGUCGUGGAAAAUGGCAGCUUGUCUCGCAGCUGGAAAUACAGUCGUCAUUAAACCAGCCCAGGUGUGUCCGUUGACAGCGCUUAAGUUCGCUGAGUUGUCGGUUAAAGCUGGAUUCCCCCCUGGCGUCAUUAACGUUGUGACAGGAACAGGAUCCGUAACUGGUCAAGCAUUAGCCAACCAUCCUCAUGUAAGAAAAUUGGGCUUCACAGGGAGUACAGAAAUAGGACAAGUGAUUAUGAAGAGUUGUGCUGAGUCAAAUUUGAAAAAAGUUUCUUUGGAACUCGGUGGAAAAUCUCCGUUAGUCAUUUUCUCUGAUUGUGAUCUGGACAAAGCUGUGAGAUUGGGUAUGCAAAGUGUUUUCUUCAAUAAAGGAGAGAACUGUAUAGCUGCUGGACGUAUAUUCGUGGAAGACAACGUACAUGAUGAGUUCAUUCGGAGAGUAGUUCAAGAAACGAAAAAAAUCCAAAUUGGGGAUCCUUUGAAUAGAUCGACUGCUCAUGGACCUCAGAAUCAUCUGGCUCAUAUGAAGAAACUUCUUGAAUAUGUCGAAAUAGGUGUGAAAGAAGGAGCAAAACUUGAAUAUGGAGGUAAAAGACUUGACAGACCCGGUUUCUUCUUUGAACCAACGAUUCUCAGUAACGUUGAAGACAAUAUGUUCGUCGCGAAAGAAGAAUCUUUCGGACCAAUUAUGGUAGUGAGCAGAUUCAGCAAUGGAGACCUAGAUGGGGUAUUGAAAAGGGCUAACGCAACAGAAUAUGGACUCGCGUCUGGAGUAUUCACGAAGGAUAUUUCUAAAGCUCUGAGGUUUGCCGAGAGAGUAGACGCUGGAACUGUCUUCAUCAAUACCUACAACAAAACAGAUGUCGCUGCCCCAUUCGGAGGGUUCAAACAAUCUGGAUUCGGAAAAGACUUAGGCCAAGAAGCGCUUAAUGAAUACCUGAAAACCAAGUGUGUGACAGUCGAAUAUUAGGUUAAAUAUGUAAUGUAUGUAAAUAGUGAGAUUAAGUGUUAGCAUAAUUGUUAUGAAGUUAAAUAUUAUUUUUAUAAUAAAAUUCAAUGUGAUAUGCA